UUCUAAAGCUACAUUCGUUUACGACAGCUGCGAAGCCAAGUUGAGAUAGGCCUAGAUCUAUAUUCAUUCAUGAAUCGCGUACUAAAAAUUAUUUCGUUUAAUUGUUCACUUUAUAAUACCAUCCCUAGAUCUAAAACUCUAAUCCAACUCUAAGAUGAUAAAACUUCUCUUCGCACAGAUAGUUUUAUACUUUAACACAUAAAUAUAUUAAUUAAAGUCCAUUCAUUUCAUAUUUUGAUCAAAUAAACAUUAAAAUUUGGUUUUCUAAAGCUACAUUCGCUUACGAAAGCUGCGAAGCCGAGUUGAGAUAGGCCUAGAUCUAUAUUCAUUCAUGAAUCGCGUACUAAAAAUUAUUUCGUUUAAUUGUUCACUUUAUAAUCCCAUUUAUUUAACAAAGCUAUCGCUCUUUUCGUUUUUAAUAGAUAAGAAUGUAUCGACUUCGGGUAAACCAUUUUCGCAAAACUAAUUUUAUUUUCGUAGCGAAAGAGAAAUAACGUGAAAGGAUCAUUAGCUACGUUUAACAUACAUCUAAAUCCAAUCCACUAGAUUAUUCAAAAGCAAAUGUUUUAAUUUAAAAAAAUGGAUUUAAGCCUAUUAGCUAUUUUGAUUUGAUAGCUUCAUUCACACUAUUUUUACAUUGACACAUUCGCUUUACUUAUUACAUUAUUAUUUCGUUUAAUUGUUUACAAAACACUCUCAGUGACUAUAUCGACAGUAAUGCGCAAAUAAAGACCCGCGGGUCGCGGGUAACAUAUGUCUAGUAUAUAUAUAUAUAUAUAUAUAUAUAUAUGACAAAAUAAUGGAUCGCGUAAGUGUUACGCAUUCUGGUGGCAAAAUACGCAUUUUGACCAUCAGUGUUACGCAUUUGGACUUUUUUUGGUAGGCAGGUCUGUAGUUAUAAUAUUUCCACUUACCCAUUUUGAAAAAUAGUCUAAUUUGGCAUCAUUUAUAACUGAUAACAGCAUGUUGGAGGACAGAAUUUCAUUAAAAAUAACAAACUUUAAGCAUAAAUCUUGGCCUAAAUACUAAUUUUAAAAAAUAAUGAGCUUAAAAGUACAUCCAAAAUCUUUCUUACCUUUGACUUACUGUAAAUUUUCUAAAUAAACAUGACUUUCAUUUGUUGACAAUUUGGUAUCAUUCAAAAGCUUAGGAGUACUCCUUUAGGAUUAUCACAAGGAUUUUUAAAAUUGGAUUUUUUAAAAUUGAAGCAAAAGUAAAAACAACAAUCAAUCAACUAACACCAUGGGUUUGGAAGUCUAGCCAUUAUGCUGUUUCGAAACUAUAUAGCAGCUAGUCUAGCAGUUUACAGUCUUAGACUUAGACAUUGAGUUGUUCACCUGACCUGACCUAGGCUAUCCCAACACAAGUUAGCAUGAUGUUUGAACCAAUUCCAUAUAGUUUUUACAAACCAGGAACCGCAUAUUUUUGGGUUCAUUUUGGCUUAAUUAUAUUAGGCUUUCUUAUUGCCUUAGCUACUGUUAUUGGGCAGUGGGCUAAUCCAGCUCCAUAUGGAAAACACCAGAAUUCAAAUGCUAAUUGGGGUCCAAUGAUUCCUCAAAGAUUAGGUCACAUGAUAUCAGAUGCUGUUCCAGGUGUUGUAUUAUUCUCUUUGGUUUAUUUCCUUUACAGUUCUGAAGAAAACGAGAGAAACAUACUGAACUACGUUUUCUUUGCAAUGUUUCUGUGUCACACAGUGCAUAGAGGAAUAAUACAUCCACUUGCAAUGAGAUAUAAAAAUCCAAAAGUUGCUUUAGGCAUAGUUCUUGGAGGUGGCAUUCCAAAUAUAUUGUAUCAUUGGUUGAAUGCUAAUCAUAUUGCUAUUGCUGGUUAUUAUUCCACCUACUAUUAUGACCCUCGAUUUAUUUUAGGAGUACUGUUGUUCUUGGCAGGUUUCAUCAUCAACAGAUGGGCAGAUUGGAAACUGAGGUCAUUGAGACAUUCUAAAGGUCACAGCACUAAACAGUUUAUAGAGGUUGAGGGUAGUAAAGGAUAUUACAUUCCCUAUGGAGGCUUGUUUGAGUUUGUGUCAUGUCCAAAUUAUUUUGGGGAAUUAGUCCAGUGGAUAGGAUGGACACUGGCUACUUGGUCACUUGCAGGAUUUGUCUGGACAUGUUUUAGUUGUGCAACAUUUUUUGCAAGAUCUAGACACAAUCAUCAGUGGUACAAAGAUCAGUUUCAAGACUAUCCACAAAACAGGAAGGCAUUGAUUCCUUUUCUAUAUUAAUGUGACACCUUAGUAUGACUGGUUCAACAAAGGGAAGUAAACUCAGAGAACAUUAAAAAGUUUGAUUCAAGCACCAGAAGCUGCUACAGUGAUGAACUGAAAAACAAAGAUGUACUGCUGCAGGGGUGAAAGACUGUAUAUAUAAUACAAUAAACAUGCAUAUGCCUGCCAAGUAAAACAAAGGACGUUUGGGCCACAAGGCCUUCAUCAGCUACAAAAACCAAAUGUAGAUCUAUAUUAUUGCUGAAGUAGUGUUAAAAAAAAAAGAAAGCCAUAUAGUUCAUAAUAUGACCAGAUACAACUUCUAUAGUUACAGUUUAAGCUAAUGAAUUUCUCUGGGUAGAACUAUGAUUUUGUUUUCGUAGCUGAUGAAGGUAUAUAUUUUCUAAACUUAGUCCUCAAUGUGUUAACUCUUAGGCUGAAUUUUUAGACAAAAAAAUGUCUCAGUAGAGACUCUCCAUUGAUAUUGAUAUAUAUAUAUAUACAUAUAUAUAUAUAUAUAACCAUUUCCAAUGUCAAGCUUACCUAUAGCUCCUACACUUUCAUGUAUAUUCUCUUUUUUUUAAUCCUCUUCUCUGACAUUAACCACUCCAUAAUCUUUUGUUGAGGUGGGCAAUAAUCAUUGAUUAAUUUGCCAGAAUCUUUAUACCUUUUGAUCAUCAGUUGAUGUUAAUGUUAAGCAUCUCUAGACAACAAAAUGGCAGCCCCCAUCUCUUUCUUUGCAGUAAUUCAAUUUUUUUAGCGGCCCCUGAAAGGGGAAAAGGCGCUAUUAGUUUUGUGUGAAAUGUCUGUCCGUUCGUCCCAUUUAGAUCUUGUAAACUAGAAAAGAUAGUGAAAAUCUGACAUCACAAUAUAAGCGAAAAAUCUAAUUUUUUAAAUCACUUAUGCAAGCAGGUUUUCAUAAUAAUACACCACUUUUACAACUAUUAACUAUUAAACACUCAAACACUUGAGGCUCUUUAUUAGGGGAGAAAACCAUUUCCCACAUUUUUAACACAUUUAUGCAAACGGUUGAAGAUUUUUUUGUCAAAAAUUUGUGUUUUAUAUUUGUAUUAAGUUAUGUAAGUUCUGUUAUACUAAGUACUAUAUUUACACACAAACAAAUGUUUACUAUUUUUUUAAGAGAAAAAAUCUAUUUAGUAUGCAUUAUAAGUUAAAGAUAAUUUAAAACGAAUAGUAAUCUUGUAAACUGCAUUUUCUCGUAAUUUUUUUUAUGGGAACGUAUCUUUUUAUCUUGAGGAUUUAGAUAAAAGAUCGAGCCUUUUCAAAACAAUUGGCUCCAAUAUGACAUCAGUUAGGCCAGGGGAGACGCGGUGGCUGAGCGGUAAAGUGCUUGGCUUCCAAAGCGGGGGUCCUGGGUUCGAAUCCUGGUGAAGACUGGGAUUUUCAACUUUGGGCGCCUCUGAGUCCACCCAGCUCUAAUGGGUACCUGACAUUAGUUGGGGAAAAGUACAGGCAGUUGGUCGUUGUGCUGGCUACCUGACACCCUCGUUAACCAUAGGCCACAAAAACAGAUGAACUUUACAUCAUCUGCCCUAUAGACCCCAAGGUCUGAAAGGGGAACUAGUUAGGCCAGGUUCACAUCUAACUUUACAUUCACUUUCACCCAUCCUUUGUACUUAUUGGUUGUGAUGUGCAUUAAUUGAACAUUGUGAUUGUUUAGUUCAGUGAUGCCCAACCUAAUUUGACCAGAAAGGCAUUAUAAUUUCCAACACUCAUCUCGCGGGCCACAUGAACAAAAAGUUAUAAAAUGAAAUGAAAUUGUUCUGAAAUUAUUUUGGUAGAAACCAAUGGAUUUGAUACUUAAUUAAUAGGUUAUUUGACAAUUAUAUAUUUUUUUACGAGUAAGAUAAUACCUUCAUUUCUCUACUUAAAUGUGAGCAACACCGACUCAUUUUGUUGUUUCUUUUUGAUAAAUAUUUCCAUGGAUCCUCCAAUAUCUAAGCAUAGUUUAACAAUCUUUUAUUCGCGACUCAAACCAAGAAUGCAACCAUAUUUAUUUUAUAAUGCCAUUUUUAUGUUGUUGUUUUAAUAAACAGUCACACUUUCUUUCUAAAAUAAAUAUGUUGGCUUAUUAACAUAUUCAACAAAAAAAGUAAAAAUAGAUUCACUUUUCCUGGUAGAUUCUACAUUCAGAGUCCCAUUUCAUAAACACACAAAUGUUAAAGAUCAUGGUACCAAUUCAUGAGAGAAAAAUAAGAGGGCCCAAACGUAGGUAAAGAUACAUUUUUUCAACCUUUUUUUUUUUUUUGCACAUAGUGCCAACAUUUCAGCGGGCCGGAUGGAACCACGCCGUGGACGGAAUCUGGCCCGCAGGCUGUAGUUUGGGCAUCACUGGUCUAGUUCAUUCAAUGAAUAUUCAAUGUUUUUGUCUUCGGCUGAUCUUGUACAUUUACUUUCAAUGUAAAAAAAAUGUCAUUUAACUUUUAAAUUGAUGUAUGUUUCCUUUGCUCAGUUUUAUUGGUGAGAUAUUAUUUACACAAAAAAUCAAAUAUUGUACAUAACAUUGAAUGGAAAAACAAUAUAUUAAAUAGAUUUUUACUUGGGUCAUUAUUUUGAUGAGUAUCAUUUAUAUGUAUCCAUGCAGCUGUAUUUGUUUUUAAACUUACAUUCCAGUAACAAUUAGUUAUUAUAAAAAUAAAAGAAAUUUUAGCAAA